AAUCUAAAAUCUUCCACUCACUUGUCCAGGCAUUUCUAGACAAUCCAGAACUUAAAAAUGAAGUCUUUCUCACUGACUUGUUUCGUAUUGGCCUCAGUGGCUUUGGCAUCGGCCUUGAAGGUCCCAAAGGACGCCUUGCACGCAGAGUGCUCCGUCACGUGGACCGUUAAUGAGGCUUGUGAGUCGUCUCAAGAAAAGAUCAUUGACCAAAUCAAUGCUUGGGACAAUGAGGACUGUGGAACCCAACCAGGAGACACGGAACCAAACGGACAGAAGUGUCUGUACAAGUACGGGGGCUCCGAUGGAUUGUACACUUAUGGCACUCACACCACUCCCAUUGCCCGUUACGUGGAUGAUAUCGACUUCACUUUUAUCCCCCAAUCUGAUGGCAGCUGUCAAAUUGAUGGACACAGCAAAUCCCAAACUCUUUCGCUUUUGGAUUAUGGCACCAAUUAUUGCAACGUCUUUAACCUGAUGGAUGGAUCCGGACUGACCCAAGAUCCCGGAUAUACGGAAACCUCCUCCAAUUCUGUUUGCACCCAAUAUUCGUCGGCGGAUUGUGACAUCUACUAACGACGCUGGGUCUUGAAAUUGAAAUAUAUCCCAAUUCCUGAAGCGA